AUGGGUUCGCUUGACUUGGACAAAAGUCCCUUGACCCCUCUGGCACAGCAGCUCUGCCUGUCGCCGACCCUCCAAAUCAACGAGCUCGUCCAUAAGAAACAAGCAGAGGGUCACCGAGUUGUUCACCUGGGUUUUGGAGAGGCAACAUUUCCUAUCGCAGAGCAUGUGCUCAAAGCGCACCGAGAAGCCAGCGAGGAGACGAGCUACCAGCCUGUCGCCGGGUUGAUGAAGCUCAGGGAGUCUAUUGCCCGAAACCAAGCACGACGCCUCAACGUGGCCAUCCGGCCAGAUCAGGUUGUGGUGGCUCCAGGUUCGAAACCACUGUUGUUCGCACUGUUUGACAUUCUCCAAGGAGAUGUCCUUCUUCCUCGACCGUCCUGGGUGAGCUACGAACCGCAGGUCAUGCACGCUGGGAAGAAGCUGUUCUGGGUCGAAACAGACGAACAUGACCGACAUUCCAUCUCAUUUUCUGCGAUGCAAUCGGCGUUAGACAGAGCGGUCCAGGAGGGUGCAAAUCCCCGAGUCAUGCUCAUCAAUAGCCCUUCGAACCCUACGGGGCAGGCAUUCACCAAAGCCAACCUGGAAUUGAUUGCGGAAUUUUGCCGGGACCACGGAAUAGCACUGAUCAGCGACGACAUCUAUGCCGACAUCUGCUUCUCGAACGAAUAUUCUGCCAGUGCAUGUUCCGGUCCGAGCUUCAACGAAGGGAGGAAAAUCUUGACAGGGGGGCUGUCCAAGACAUAUUCCGCUGGUGGCUGGAGGAUAGGCUUUGCCAUUUUUCCCGACAACGAAUUCGGCGCCACCGUUCAACAGACCAUGCUUGCGUAUGCAUCCGAGUGUUGGUCUGCAGCAUCUGCACCGGCGCAGGAGGCCGCAGCCGUCGCCUUCUCAACCUCGCCAGAGAUGGAUCUUUAUCGCAAGCAAGUUGUUGAGUUGCAUCGGCGCUGCACAACUACCUUGUUCCAUGCCCUGCAGGAAUGCGGUCUUGCAAUUGCCGAGCCCAAAGGGAGCUUCUAUUUAUACCCGUCCUUCCAUCCCUACACCGCCCAGCUGGAGAAACUUGGUGUGAAAACAAGUCUUGACCUGUCUCGCUGGCUGAUUGAAGAAUUCGGUAUCGCAGCCUUACCUGGCUCUGCUUUUGGUGAGGAUGAUUGCGGGCUCCCUGGAGGACGCUAUCGCUUGAGAAUGGCAACCAGUUAUCUGUACUUCCAGAGCAAAGAUGACCGGUACGCGCAGGGCUAUUCAUUGCUGCACAAGGCCUUAGAUCCCGAGUCUCGCAUUGAGUUGCCACUCUUGGGUGAUGCCAUAUCAAUGAUUCAGGCUGCCGUUGAGAAGCUGAAAGCCAUAAAGACAUAG